AUGGCUACCUCUGUCGUCCUCCUCGUUGUGGGAGCUCUCUCCCUGCUGUAUCUCAGCACCAGGAAGGGCAAAUCCACCGAAAAGCCCCUGCUUAAACUGCCACUCAUCGGCGACCUGCACAGUUCUCCCAUCGAGAAGCCCCUCGUCAACUGGGACGACUGGGCGAAGCAGAAUGGCCCAAUUGCCGUCCCCAAACUGUUCGGGCUCAUCCCCAUCGUCGUGCUCAACUCCUACGAGGCCGUCACCGAGCUGUUCAGCCGCCGCAGCCAGUGGUACAGCAACCGCCCGGCCUCCGUGAGCAUGGAGAUGAUCACCGGCGCAGAACCAGGUCGCUCGCGCUUUACCCUGAUGCACGACUACGACGACCACCUCAAACUGCACCACCGCAUCCUCUCCCCCAGUCUCGGCGCCCCCGCCGCUCCAAAAUACCAGCCAUUGAUGGAACUCGAGGCGAAACAGCUUCUGUUCGACAUCCUCACCACCCUGACCCAGUCCUCAGACAACACCCUCAGCACCGCAGACGUCUACCCCCUCCUCGAACGCACCCAGUCCAGCGUCAUCCUCGCCUUACACUACGGCCUGCGCAUCCCUCGCUUCGAAGAACCAAUCCUCCACGAGGUCAUCGACAUCCAAACAAAAGUCACCCACCUCGCCGCCAACCCGCAGCUCCCAGAUAUCAUCCCGGCCCUGCGCCACCUCCCCACAGCCCUCUCCCCCUGGCAGCGCUCCGCAGACGCCCUGUUCGCCGAACAAGUAGACCUCUACACGCGCCUCUUCACGCACGGCCGCGACGGCCCAGGCUGGAACGCCACGAAACAGGCCAUCGCAACAGCGAAAAAGCACGCCCCCGAAGCCUCGCCCGUCUCGGAUCUCGAUCUCGCUUUUACCCUCGCGACUUCAAUCCAGGGCGGGAUGGAGACGUCCCCGCGGCAGCUAUUGUGGCUGUUCAUCGCGGCAAUGAGUAACCCGUCGUUCAUGAAAAAGGCACACGAGAUCCUAGACAAGGUGGUCGGCCGGGAUCGCCUACCGACAUUCGCGGACCGCUCGAAUCUGGCGUUCCUCGAUGCCAUCACGCAUGAGCUUUUCCGGUGGAGGCCGAUUUCGCCGGGUUCGAUUCCGCGCCGCGCGGACCAUGCGGAUUCGUUUGGUGGGACGGAGAUUAAGAAGGGGUGGACGGUUAUUGCGAAUGCGUGGGCGAUUGGACGGGACGAGGCUGUUUUUGACCCGGAAAUUGGAAAUACCCAGGAGUUUGUACCGGAACGGUGGCUGCGUGAGGAUCCCUCGACUAAAGAAGUGAAACUCCGUUCGGAUCUCCCCUUGCCGGUGUUUGGGCAGGGACGCAGGAUAUGUCAGGGGAAGAGGGUUGCUACAGAUGGCACGUUUAUGCAGGUUGCGUCGUUGAUCUGGGCGUUUGAGGUUGAGGUGUUGGAUGGCGAUUUGGUGGAUCCUUGGGAGAUGGUUGUUGUGGGGUUUAUGACUAUGCCCAAGGAGAGGAGGUUCAGGUUGAAGCCCAGAGGAGACUGGGUGGUUGAUGUUAUAAAAAGGGAGUGGGAGGGGGCAGAGAAGGGCAUUGGGGAGGUUAUGGUGGCGGGGGAUGUUGAAUAA